UUGCCUUAAACCAUUUUCGUUUUCUUUGUUUUAUCUUCUCGUAUAUAGCUUCUUCUUUUUAUCAUUACAAUUUCCACAAAGUAAUAAAAGAUAUAACAUUCAUGGGGUCAGAAUCCGAGACUGUUUGUGUCACCGGAGCUGCAGGUUUCAUUGGAUCAUGGCUUGUCAUGAGACUCCUCGAGCGUGGCUAUGUAGUCCGCGCCACCGUCCGAGACCCUAAUAAUGAAAAAAAGGUGAAGCAUCUUCUUGAGCUGCCUAAUGCAAAAACUCACCUCACCCUCUGGAAAGCCGAUUUAGCUGAAGAGGGAAGCUUUGAUGGAGCAAUUCAAGGAUGCACCGGAGUCUUCCAUGUCGCUACCCCCAUGGAUUUUGAGUCCAAAGAUCCUGAGAAUGAAGUGAUAAAACCCACCAUAAAUGGAGUUUUGGAUAUAAUGAAAGCAUGUACCAAAUCAAAUACAGUUAGAAGGCUGGUGUUCACAUCAUCAGCAGGAACUGUUAAUGUUGAAGAGACGCAGAAGCCGGUGUACGAUGAGAGAAAUUGGAGUGAUCUGGAAUUUGUCCGUACCAAGAAAAUGACUGGAUGGAUGUAUUUCGUGUCCAAGACACUGGCUGAGCAGGCUGCCUGGAAGUUUGCUAAAGAGAAUAACAUUGAUUUCAUUACUAUAAUCCCAACUCUAGUGAUUGGUCCAUUUCUCAUGCCAUCCAUGCCGCCCAGCCUCAUCACCGGCCUUUCUCCCAUCACCAGGACUGAAUCUCAUUACCGCAUUAUAAAGCAAGGCCAAUUCGUGCACCUAGAUGACCUUUGCAUGGCUCAUGUGUUCCUCUUCGAACAUCCUAAAGCAGAGGGCCGUUAUAUCUGCUCCUCCCACAGUGCCACCAUCCUAGAACUCGCAAAAUUACUCAGAGAAAAAUACCCUGAAUACAAUGUUCCUACAGAGUUCGAGGGCGUGGAUGAGAACCUGCCAAACAUUGAGUUCUGCUCCAAAAAGCUGACGGACUUGGGGUUUGAGUUUAAGAACAGUUUGGAGCAGAUGUUUGAAGGUGCAGUGGAAACAUGCAGGGAAAAGGGAUUGCUUCCUGUUCUUAAUUUUGAGAAGACUCCCAACUAAAGGUCAAUGUCUUCUGGAAAUAAAGUUUGCCAGAGAUUCAUAGUUGAGGCAAAAAUUUGAUUUGAUGUUUCUUCUGAAGGCUGUCCAUCUGAUACAUAUUAUUAUUAUUACUGUUCUUUUUUUUUUUUUUUUCUUGUGGUUUUUCGCCUGGUAUCCAGGGUUUCGCCUCGAUUAAUCCGGACCCGACCCGCGUCGCACACCUGAAAAUGGUGGUUGAGUCUCCCAGCGAAAAUUGCUACAUAUACAAAGUCUCGAACUCGAGAUCUUACUUAAGCUGAAACAAAUCGCUUACUACUUGAUCCAACCUCUCAUUGAUAUUAUUAUUACUGUUCUUGAUUGAUUGGUUGCAACACUUGUUUGUCAUAUCGUUCACCAGUACCUGGUUAU